UUCCAAUUCACAAUCAUUUUCUUUCUCAAUUUUCAAACCCUAACUAUUUCCAAAGUUUCAGUUUCUCAAUUUCUCUGAUUCAAUUCAAUGGCGCCAAAGGGAGAGAAGAAGCCAGCGGAGAAGAAACCCGCUGAGGAGAAGAAGUCCACCGUUGCCGAGAAAGCUCCAGCAGAGAAGAAGCCAAAGGCUGGAAAGAAGCUUCCUAAGGAAGGUGGCUCCGCAGCCGGAGAGAAGAAGAAGAAGAGAAGCAAGAAGAAUGUAGAAACAUACAAGAUCUACAUCUUCAAAGUUCUGAAACAAGUUCACCCAGACAUUGGUAUCUCAAGCAAGGCCAUGGGUAUCAUGAACAGUUUCAUCAAUGAUAUCUUCGAGAAGCUUGCUCAAGAAUCAUCCAGACUUGCUCGUUACAACAAGAAGCCAACAAUCACUUCAAGGGAAAUUCAGACUGCAGUCAGACUUGUUCUUCCUGGUGAAUUGGCCAAGCAUGCUGUUUCUGAAGGCACCAAGGCUGUGACCAAGUUUACUAGUUCUUAGAUCUGAGAGAAAAUCGGUGGCCUUUGUUGUGCUCAAGAAUCGUUAGAUAUUUUUAAUUUGUAGUUUGUUAUUUGCUUUUUUUAAAGUUGUAAUGAACUAAUAGGAUGGGCUGGUUCUUUUUUGUAUCAUAUUGAUGAAAUUAAUGAUAUAUGGCUUUGAAAAUGUUUGUAUUGUUCAA